AUGUCAUGGCUGCAGCUGGGCGCUCAGAGCGGCAGCUCCCCAGGUGGGCACCCAUCAGGAAAGAUCCUGGAAAACACCCCCGAAAACCACCCUGACCACAGCCACUUGAAGCACGCCCUGGAGAAAGCGGAGGAGCUGUGCUCGCAGGUGAACGAAGGGGUGCGGGAGAAGGAGAAUUCGGACCGGCUGGAGUGGAUCCAAGCGCACGUGCAGUGUGAAGGCCUGUCUGAGCAACUCGUGUUCAAUUCAGUGACCAAUUGCUUGGGGCCGCGCAAGUUUCUGCACAGUGGGAAACUCUACAAGGCCAAGAGCAACAAGGAGCUGUAUGGCUUCCUCUUCAAUGACUUCCUCCUGCUGACCCAAAUCAUAAAACCCUUGGGCUCUUCCGGCACCGACAAAGUCUUCAGUCCCAAAUCUAACCUGCAGUAUAAAAUGUACAAAACUCCUAUUUUCCUAAAUGAGGUUCUAGUAAAAUUACCCACUGACCCUUCUGGAGAUGAGCCCAUCUUCCACAUCUCCCACAUUGACCGAGUCUACACCCUCCGAGCCGAAAGCAUAAAUGAAAGGACUGCCUGGGUGCAGAAAAUCAAAGCUGCUUCAGAACUCUAUAUAGAGACGGAGAAAAAGAAACGGGAGAAGGCGUACCUGGUCCGCUCCCAAAGGGCAACAGGUAUCGGAAGGUUGAUGGUGAACGUUGUUGAAGGCAUUGAGCUGAAACCCUGUCGGUCACAUGGAAAGAGUAACCCAUACUGUGAGGUGACCAUGGGCUCCCAGUGUCACAUCACCAAGACCAUCCAGGACACUCUGAAUCCCAAGUGGAAUUCCAACUGCCAGUUCUUCAUCAAAGACCUAGAGCAGGAGGUCCUGUGCAUCACCGUGUUCGAGAGGGACCAGUUCUCUCCAGACGAUUUUUUGGGUCGGACAGAGAUCCGUGUGGCCGACAUCAAGAAGGACCAGGGUUCCAAGGGUCCAGUUACAAAGUGUCUCCUGCUACACGAAGUUCCCACAGGAGAGAUUGUGGUCCGCUUGGACCUGCAGUUGUUUGAUGAGCCAUAGAGAGUGGGUGUGUUUGGCCGAGUUCCAGGCCGCGGCGGCAGGUGCAAUCUGGAAAUGGUGUGGCUUACCUAAGACCACUGUUUGACGUUCAGCCACAGGGCAAUGGGACAGUGAAGACAGGCCCCUCAAAACUUCUAGGAAUAAUUCUCGACAAUCCUUCCCCCACCCCCAAUCAACUUCCCAUUUUAUGAAACAAAACUGUGUCUUCCUUUGUCCUCACUGCUGGUCUCAUCAUGGCUUCUAGGGGUUUUGAAAUCCCAGAGCCCCCAGCUAGAUUCAGUUGGGAGUCUGGUCCAUCCCUGGGCCUGAGGCGUGGGUCUGGUUACUGUAAACUAGAUUUAUAAAUGCAAUGUCUGUAUUUUUGGAGAACUCAUGUAACACUCCUAUUUCUUAUCUCCACCAGUCCCCGAAUAGGCCUAGUCCUUCGUCUGUUUAGAAAUAAUUAUGAAGGUCCUGCCGCUGCUCCAGAAUCUCAUUCCCCCACUGGGACCUUGUUUGAAAUGCUGCCCUGGAUAUGAUCACUCGGGGAGAUGGAUGGUCUCCUGAUCAGCCAGUGCGCUAGCUCUUUGAAGAGCUGGUCUAUGGAAGAUUCUAGCAGGUACAUUGUUAGAGCCAUUCCAGUCCCCUCCAGGUCUUUUAUUGAUAGAAGCCAGUGAAAACUAUCACUAGCUACUAUCAGGUGAUUUAGUUUUGAUUUCCAGCAUGCUUGGAAGAUGGCUAAGGAAGCUUGUUAUCUACAAAGUUAGAUUCUGCUGGAUUAGAUCAUCACAGGUCAACUGAAAGGCUACUUUACAAUGUCAUUGGGUCCUGGUUGCCAGCCCAGUUGGAAAAUUCUCUUUGGCUUGGAGGUCCUAUGAUGUUUCCUAACAGGAGUAAUUGCUGGUGACCAGCUCUGAGCCUAUUUUCGCUUGAAUGUGCCGGAUCCUGAAUGUCAUGGGAAAUUCCAGCAGCUGUCUUUGCUAUGUUCCCAAGAAAGACAUCCCCAAGACGUGAAAAAGAAAAGUGACAGUCUGGAAGUGGGGUGGAAAGAGGUGAAGGAACUCCAUUAUGUGGUGGGGAAAAGGCUCUAGGAGCAUCCAAGCCUCACAAAUCAGGGGAGGAAGACCUAAGACUCUCUCCCAUCCUCUUCCACACACAACCAACCCCUCAGUAAUGGAAAUACAUGUGCUUGUUGCCAGAGUCCGGAGUGUAUGACCAUGUGCCAAGCUGUUUGGUUUGAGUUCUUUGAUUUUUUUUCCCCCUUCAACACCAGAAGAUAGGCUGGUUAACUAGAAAAUAACUUGAUUUGCUAAUGAAAAGUGUGGGUCAUAUUUUGUUCGCAUGUGAAUGUCCUCCUAAUCCCAAUUUGUUGUGGUCAUGAAACGUUCUUUGCAUGUUCUCUUGGUACUGGAGUCUAGCUUUCCUGUGUUAGACGGUGUUCUCUUUGAUUGUAGGUCCUUAGAAUUUAACUAGGGUUGUAGAAGUGCUUUAUAAAGGGUAGCAUCAACAUAGUGGCCGAGUCUCCACUUUGCUGGGAACCGAAUGCAUAGUGUCAUAAUUUCCCAUAGGAGCCCUGUCAUAUUUCAAGCAAUUUUUAAAAGUGUGUGUGUUAGAAAGGGCAACAAAGUUUACAUUUCAUACUUUUAAGAAACACUUUAUUAUUUAUUUAUUGAAGAUAGCGGUAGAAUUUUGUAUCAAGAACAACAGACAAGUAUUUUUUAAAACAAACAGAUACACCCUUUAGUUAGAAACUUUCAACUGAACACUGUUACAGACCCAGUUUAACUUCAGGCAUGCGUUUGUUUACCACUCCCCAGAAGAAAAUAUGGUUAGAAUACUUUAAGUUUAUAUUUUCUGACGUUGUUAAGAAACUGUGUGAAAUUAAAUCUAUAAAUAGACAUACAACUCACGCUUUCCUCUUUCUAUAACCAAUCCAGUUUGUUCAGUGUAUUUAUGAAAGACAUGUUCUAUGGUAGAGACAAAAUGUAUGCGAUGGGUAAAUGGGGUAGUAUUGGAUCAUCAUUCCAAUCCCUUUCCUUCUGGGAGGGAGACCUUUUCUUCAUUGGCUUUCUUCGUGUGUCGUGCUGGUCAUCACUAUUUACGCAGGUAGGAUGUGAUGUGAACAGUGACAAGCAUCUUGUAACCCUUUCAGGUCUGCGAGGUCACCCACUCCCAGUGUCCCAUGAUCAGAAUUCAUGUAGCAUGAGAAAGCAGCGUGUGUCUUUUUCCCAAGUGACUAUUGAGCAUCCCUGAGAUGUUCCUCCAGGGUAGUAGUUCUGGCUUGGUGUCUUGUCCUCACUGGUGUAAUCUGGACUGCGACCGAGCCUACAUAUGGAUGAGUUAAUCCGGCCCUCAGAUCCAGCUGUGACUCAAGAGUCAUGUUGGGGGGAUAGAGAUAUGUAGCCAAGCACCUGGGAUCUCUUUGACCUCUAUUCUUCCACUUCUGCACUUUUGGCUGCCUGGGCUACCUUUCAAAGAGAUGAAACGUCUCUUUCCAGUAAGCGAUCUGUUUCCCAGCUCUGUGCUUCUAAAUGCAGGGUGUCUGUAGGCCACAGUAUCCUGGCAUCCUGAUCCCAGCCCUCCGGAUGCCCCUGCAAGCUUCCUUCUCUGAGCCGCACUGACCUUCAGCCCAGCAAGGGGCUUUUCUGCUCACAGGCUGUGUGCUGAGCUCAGGAGCCCUCGGACUCGGGCCUUUUGCAGCCUAGCUCUCCUGAAGGGACAGACCAUAUCCAGUCCCUCCGGGGCAGGGUGUCUCUGGCUGAUACUGUGUCUCCUGGCAGAUAGGCAGGCAACAGCAUCUCCUGGAACCAGGUCUGCUGUAACCAGGAGAGCCUGGAGGGUGUUGUCCAUUCAGACCCCAGGCUCACCUGACUCUGGAAGGGGGACUCUUCUAGGCGAGGGUCACCAGGGAUGCCUGAGAAACUGGGGCCAGGGGAUGAGGUGCUGGAGCUGCCGGAGAAGGGUGAUUGCAGGUCUGCCAUCCAAGGCCAGGCAGGUGGGCUGUCUCUCCGGGAGCUGGCUGGUGCAAUCAUAAGCCACUGACCAUACAGAGUGGGAGUGUUCUAGAAUCCAAUGGGGUUAGAGAACAAGGGAAGAAUGGAUGAGGUGCUUCUGGUUUUAUUAGAAAGGUUGGAGAUUUGGGAGUAUAUUUUAGAGCUUGCCACUACUUUGUAGAAGGAGAAAAAGCCUUCUCUAUCUCUACUCCAAAUAGCUUUUUUGAAUUCAUAAGAAGAAAAUUUGUUUUCGCGUGUAACAACUUGAAGAAUUUCCACUGGAAACAGCUAGUAGGUUUGUUAAAUUUUAUUUCCCGUGCUUUCUUUCCUUUUAUUUUAUUUUGACUGCCUUCUCUUUUCGAGGUUGGAGAUGAACCUUCCUGCAGACAGGAGCACUUGGAAAUGGACACCGGCAUACUUUAGAGGUGGCGGGGUCAUUUCCGACUUGAGGUGAAUGUGAGGUUGGCAGAGGGUCUGCUUACUCCAGGUGGACCUGCUCUCUAAUUUAGAGCCUCCUGUGGUGGAAGGUGAGGUGAGGAAAACAAAGGAUCCUGGAUGUUCCUUCUUUGCUUUCCGGUAUAGGAACCUGAGUUCCUACCAGGGAAAAGCAUAGUUGGCAGCACCAGAAACCAGUGACGUGGUGAAGCCCUCAGAUGCUGUGUCGGAGCUGCCCUAUGAGGUAUUUGGUCAAAGUCACACCUCCUUCUGCUGACAUACCCCUUCCUGCCGGGACUCUCCUGGCAGUGCCCUGAGCAUGUUUGGUGGGGGCCGCUUCAUAUCCUGUAAAUCAAGUUGGCGUGUUGAUCGUACUUGGAAAACAGCUGUUCAUUUGAGCGAGAGGAAAGGAAAGUUCUAGAACUCCCCUUUCCUCACCUUGCCUGGCGUCAGAUCCAGGAUGUGUUUGUAGGUCAUCCAGCUCGAUUAAGGUACGUCACCUGAUAUCUGUAGUAGCCAGAAUCUAUUCCUGAUAAGCAUGGAAAUCUUACUCCACCGCAAGGCUAGAAACGUCUAUCAGCUCUUUCUCUCGAGAGCAUUGAAACCCAGAUGCCACCACAUUGGGAAGUCUUAUUUCUGGGUUGUGAUCUCUUAGUAUCAGAGUCAGUAAUGCUAAUAGUAUACUGUUCUGAUUCAGGGAGUCCCCAUCCUGCUCCAGGCCAUUGUCUUAGGGACUGGGAGGUGGCCUGCCUCUGUGGUUUUCGUGGCCUAGUUGUGGAUCUGAUUUUACGUUAUUUAAAUAACACCCAAUGCUUGUAAAAAUUCAUCUCCACCUCUAAAUAAUUAUAUCAGUGACAGGCAGAUCAGUUCCUCCGUGAAGAGGAACCCUCAUUACUCUGGCCUUGGGGAACCAGAUAACACACACAUAAUAGAGUGAUUUUUUUUUUUGGACACUAUAUGUAAUUGUCGUUUUUCGGGGUAAAUUUGCCCCUACUGUAUGUCAGGGAUUUUGUGAGUUGUUUUUAAUAGGAUUCUGUUCUACUUUCUAUACCAGCUUCUAUUGUUACUAUCAUCUGAAUUGUGUGACUAUUUUAGUAUUGAAAGCCCACCAAGUAAAACUGUGCUCAGAAGUGGGCUCAUUUGGUCAACCUUGAAAAAAAAAAUGGAGCGUUUCUCUGAUAUUUCCUGAGAACUAACCAGUAACCAGGGUUUCUUUUUAUGCAGUGGGAGGAAUAGAGAUUUUUUUCUUCUAGGAACACCGGUUUUGUACUUUUAUCAUUUAAAAAAAAAAAAAUUCCCGUGUGGCUGUGUUUCUAAAACCCUGUUCCUCUGCAUUUCUCCUCUUAUGCUCAAAUAGCUUACUUCCUCCUGUUUUUCUGUCUAAAAAGAUGAGGGGCCCUCGGGCAGAGGGUGAUCGGGGACCCAGAGAAAGGGGGGCUGUGGCUUGGCCGCGUCCGGUGGAGGAGCCCGCGGCUGCCCUUCUACCCACUGUCGCCGCCAGGGGGCAAUCUCCCUGCUGGAAACCUGCGGGUCCCCCCGGGCGGAUCCCGGGGUGCUGGCUCCCCCUACUGCGGCUCUCGAGUAAAUCCCGGGGCCAGCCCGAGGGUGGUGAGACUGCAGGCGGGAGAGGGCAGGACGUUGGCGGCAGGCGUGGGCCGGGAACUCAGCGCUCCCGGGGUACCUAGUGCCCCUUUGGCGCUCUCUGCUGCUGGGGCUGGGGCUGGUGCGGGGGGCGGGGGAGGGGGUCUUCGGCCUUCCCACCGUUCCAGCAUCUGCUUUGUGAAAGCCCCUCCCUGAGAUUCAGCCCCCUGGGGUUCUCGGGUGUAAGUUGGAGGUGUCCCCCACUGGGAGGCGCCCUCUCCCACUAGGGUUCUAGAAGUCAGGUCUUCUCUACUGGGACUUGCCAAAUUUCAGAUGCGGAGAACUGGUGGGGGACACAGAAGCUCAUUGUGUGGGGGGCGUGGGGUGUGUGUGUGAGCGGAUGAGUGUGUGUGGUGUGAGUG